GUUUAUGGUUUGUUUCCUCAGUGCCGUUUUGUUUUGUGUUCAUCUCGUUUAAAGUGUGUUGGGAUAGUGUUGGGAUAGUGGGAUCCUCACUAACGGCAUCUGGAUUACACGAAUGUAACAUUUGCUCACAUGAAACAGUUAACAAGUUCUGUAUGCUGGAUGUAUUAUGAUUCAAUGUGAUUAUCUGCUAGAGUUACCUUUGAAGAGCUUUGCUCUAUUGAGAAUUUUGAUUGACAUUCGUAAAAAAAAGUGUGAAUAUAACUGUAGUAACAAGUCUCUAAUAUGCGAAACUGUGUGGAUAGCUCAGUUUAAUAGUUAAUCUAGUCAGACUAUAAACAUGGCUUUUAUAUGCCGAUUUUGCAUUGGUUAGUGUGCAAUUCAUGACUAGAGGAAUGAGUUUAGAUGUAGAUGGUUGUUUUGGGUUUGUUUUGCACAAAUGAGCAGAAGUAAGACUGAAGGACAGAGCAGCUGUAGCCGAGACCAGUUUACAGCAGACAGACUGAUAGAUGUUGUGUUUAUGUAACCUGGUCCUGGGUUCAGAAGAAGAACCGUCUCUGAUGAGAUAGAUCAGGAGAAGAAAUCAGUAUUAAAGGCCUGGUUUGAUUGAAGAGUGUGUUAGUUAUUGACUGUCAAACACUGAGAAAGACAGAAACCAAACUGUAAAGACAAUGUAAAACUAAAAUAUUUUAAACGGGACAUAUAAUGCCCCUUUUCAGAAGAUGUAAUAUAAAGAGGCUUUCGCACCGAAUAGUUUUAGGAACUCAGUUAUAGGAGCUAGCCACUACGAUAGUUCCCAGAGAACUACUUUCUCCCCCGGGCCAUGUUCCUGGUGACAUUCGCACCGGCAAUAAGAACUCUGAAGCGUCCGACAGCAGCAUCUUUACAAAUGCUAAAAACCGGUGGAUGGAGGACGCCGUGAUCGGAGCUGUGUUUGUUGUGUGUCGUGGGUUUCGUGAUAACGGAGAUGGAAUGAAAACGCAUAAUUUAUGCGACUUGGGCUAAGAGACAAAAUCUCUUACGACAACUUUCAGUAUUACAUAUCAUCGAGGCGGAGAAAAGAACAUAACCCUGCAGACAACAGAUUUACAGGUAAAACCCAAAACCAUCCCGCUUGAAGCCAACGCCUUCUCUUCUCGAUGUAAAAGCUGCGUUGAGCGACAGCAGUUACAGCGCUGUGAUAUUCUGCUGAGGGCCGAAAGGAGAGCAUGUGAUAACGCAGAGGAGCGAGACUCUUCCUCAGUGCUUGAUUCUCUCACCUGACUGAAAGUCUGUUCUCCUAGACAUCAUGUCCAUCGCACUCAAACAAGUGUUUAACAAAGACAAGACGUUCCGGCCCAAGCGCAGGUUCGAGCCGGGCACUCAGCGUUUCGAGCUGCACAAGCGGGCGCAGGCGUCACUCAACUCCGCCGUGGACCUGAAAGCGUCCGUCCAGCUGCCGCUCGGCGAGGAUAUGAACGACUGGGUGGCCGUGCACGUGGUGGACUUCUUCAACCGGAUCAACCUCAUCUAUGGGACGGUGUGCGAGUUCUGCACGGAGAAGAGCUGCCCGGUGAUGUCUGGCGGCCCGCGGUACGAGUACCGAUGGCAAGACGAGCACAAAUAUAAGAAGCCCACGCCGCUGCCUGCGCCGCAGUACAUGAACCUGCUGAUGGACUGGAUCGAGAUGCAGAUCAAUAACGAGCACAUUUUCCCCACCAGCAUCGGAAUUCCCUUCCCUAAGAACUUCAUCCAGAUCUGUAAGAAGAUCCUGUGUCGUCUCUUCCGCGUGUUUGUGCACGUCUACAUUCAUCAUUUCGAUCGGAUCCUGCUGAUGGGAGCUGAAGCUCACGUCAACACCUGCUACAAGCACUUCUACUACUUUGCCACUGAACUCAACCUGAUAGACCGCAAAGAGCUGGAGCCGCUGAAAGAAAUGAGCUCAAGAAUGUGUCUGUGAGCAGCAGACGUCUGAACGUUUCCAAACACUCACACCUGAGAGGCUUUUCUGAGGAGCUUUAAUCCCAUGAACUGGACGUUGCCGUGGAGAUGAGGUCGUCACCGGGGUGAUUCCAGAGCCUCGUGACAUCAUCACCGCAGCAGACCGAACUCUAAGGAUGAUGCUGAGAGAAACUGACAGUGAGCGCUAAUGCUGCGCUAGCAGUCGCACUGUGCUAACAGAGGUCAAGAGGUCAAAUCCAUCACUCAGUAGUGUUUCAUACAGACAUCAGCUCACACACUAUGAAGUGGGCGCCUAAAUAACUUUCUGCUGCGUGAGGUUUGGAUGAGCUGCUUUCAUUUACUGUCUCUACAACGUUUAUUUUUGCAAUGAAAUUUUGGGUUUAGAUUGACUCAGUGGAUCAUUUCAUGAAGUUGUUUUAUGUCUGAUGCAGCGACAGUAAUGAACGGGAGUUAGUGCGAACACAGAACUGAACUCAAACGCUGAAUCUGUUCAAGUCUCUGGUCAGCAUCAUGAGUUACUAAACUACUAAUACAAAUUAAGUUUACUUGAUGUGUGAGUUCCAUUUUCCAGCUCCCGUCCAUCUUGUUUGUUUGAAUCUUGUACAUCCUACCCUGUGAAUUACACAAUUAAAGCAAUAAAGAAUAUUUUGAUUGUA